GCGACCAAGUCGCUGCCGGAAGUGGCGGUGAGGGUCGGGACCGGCCGGGGAGCAUGGUGGGUUCGAGGUGCGCGGCUGCGGCUGCGGCGGGAGCACGUCCCGGGAAGCGGCCGCAGGAGGAGGACAUGGAGCCGAAAGAGCCUUCCCUCCUGGGGGCCCCUGCUCCUGGCCCCGCGGAUGACAGCGACCCCGGCCUCUCAGACAGCGAGGAGAGUGUCUUCUCGGGCCUGGAGGAUUCCGGCAGUGACAGCAGCGAGGACUCCACUGAGGGACAAGAUGGCUCCAGCAACGGCGAGGGCCGUGGUGGCACAGAGGAGACCGCUGGGCAGCAGGCCAGCAGGACCCCCGCCCCACGGACAGAGGCCUCGAGAGCGCGGGUCGAGGACGAGUACGCAGAGGACAGUUCCGACGAGGAGGACGUGCGGAACACGGUGGGCAACGUGCCGCUGCAGUGGUACGAGGACUUCCCGCACGUGGGCUACGACCUGGACGGCAGGCGCAUCUACAAGCCGGUGCGAACCCGGGACGAGCUGGACCAGUUUCUGGACAAAAUGGACGACCCUGCCUACUGGCGCACAGUGCAGGACCGCAUGACGGGGCGUGACGUGCGGCUGACGGACGAGCAGGUGGCCCUGGUGCAGCGGCUGCAGAGGGGCCAGUUUGGGGACGCGAGCUUUGACCCGUAUGAGCCGGCCGUGGACUUCUUCAGUGGGGACCUCAUGAUCCACCCUGUGACCAACCGCCCCGCCGACAAGCGCAGCUUCAUCCCGUCCCUGGUGGAGAAGGAGAAGGUCUCUCGCAUGGUGCACGCCAUCAAGAUGGGCUGGAUCCAGCCCCGCCGGCCCCGGGACCCCACCCCCAGCUUCUAUGACCUGUGGGCCCAGGAGGACCCCAAUGCCGUGCUGGGACGUCACAAGAUGCAUGUGCCUGCGCCCAAACUGGCCCUGCCUGGCCACGCCGAAUCCUACAACCCACCUCCCGAGUACCUGCCCAGCGAGGAGGAGCGCCAGGCAUGGGAGCAGCAGGAGCCCGAGGAGCGGAAGCUCAACUUCCUGCCACGCACAUUCUCGAGCCUGCGGGCUGUGCCCGCCUACAGCCGCUUCAUCCAUGAGCGCUUUGAGCGCUGCCUGGACCUCUACCUGUGUCCACGGCAGCGGAAGAUGAGGGUAAACGUGGACCCUGAAGACCUCAUCCCCAAACUGCCUCGGCCUCGGGACCUCCAGCCGUUCCCCACGUGCCAGGCCCUGGUCUACAAGGGCCACAGCGACCUCGUCCGCUGCCUGAGCGUCUCCCCCGGGGGCCAGUGGCUGGCUUCAGGUUCGGACGACGGCUCGGUGCGGCUCUGGGAGGUGGCCACCGCCCGCUGCGUGAGGGUGGUGCCGGUGGGGGGCGUGGUGAAGAGUGUGGCGUGGAACCCCCACCCCACCACCUGCCUGGUGGCUGUGGCUGUGGAGGACACGGUGCUGUUGCUGAAUCCGGCCCUGGGUGACCACCUGGUGGUGGGCAGCACAGACCAGCUGCUGAGCGCCUUCACCCCGCCUGAGGAGCCUGCCCUGCAGCCUGCCCGCUGGCUGGAAGCCUCGGAGGAGGAGCACCGGGGGGGCCUGCGGCUGCGCAUUUGCCACGGCAAGCCAGUGACCCAGGUGACCUGGCAUGGGCGUGGGGACUACAUGGCCGUCGUGCUGGCCACCCAGGGCCACACCCAGGUGCUGAUCCAUCAGCUGAGCCGGCGCCGCAGCCAGAGCCCGUUCCGCCGCAGCCAUGGACAGGUGCAGCGCGUGGCCUUCCACCCGAUCCGGCCCUUCCUGCUCGUGGCCUCCCAGCGCAGCAUCCGCCUGUACCACCUGCUGCGCCAGGAGCUCACUAAGAAGCUGAUGCCCAACUGCAAGUGGGUGUCCAGCCUGGCUGUGCACCCUGCAGGGGACAACCUCAUCUGCGGCAGCUACGACAGUAAGCUGGUGUGGUUUGACCUGGACCUCUCCACCAAGCCCUACCGAGUGCUGAGACACCACAGGAAGGCUCUGCGGGCAGUGGCCUUCCACCCGCAGUACCCGCUCUUCGCGUCCGGCUCCGAUGACGGCAGUGUCAUCGUCUGCCACGGGACGGUGUACAACGACCUGCUGCAGAACCCGCUGCUGGUGCCCGUGAAGGUGCUGAAGGGGCACGCGCUGACCCGCGACCUGGGCGUGCUGGACGUGGCCUUCCACCCGACCCAGCCGUGGGUCUUCUCCUCGGGGGCCGACGGCACAGUCCGCCUCUUCACCUAGGGGCCUGCUGCUCUGGGUCCCACGCCUGCUCACGCCC